AUGGAUUAUCUGCGUCCUCUCUCCAAUACUGCGGUUGACCAACCCACCAUUCGUCUCGCGACCCCCGAGGAUGUCCCCCUCAUCCUCCAAUUUAUCUGCGAACUAGCCGACUAUGAAAAAGCCCUUCAUGAAGUCGAAGCCACCGAAGAAUCUCUCCUAGCAACUCUCUCCUUCCCCGAUACCCCGCCCAAGCGCGGUGCCGUCUACACAGCUCUCAUUACCCCGCCGCCCACCGCUGACACUCCGAACCCAAUCCCCGUCGGAAUGGCCCUGUACUUCUACAACUACUCAACCUGGAGAUCUGCCCCUGGUAUCUACCUUGAGGAUCUGUAUGUGCAGCCUAGCGCACGGGGUCAUGGGUACGGCUUCAAGUUGCUCAAGUACCUUGCUAAGCAGGUGCUUGAGGUGUCGGGCCGGCGGUUGGAGUGGAGUGUGCUCACCUGGAAUGAGCCUAGUAUUAGGUUCUAUCAGCAGGUUGGUGCGCGCGGUAUGGACGAAUGGAUGAAGAUGAUGGUUGAGGGGGAUGCGUUGACUCGUUUGGCGGAAGUGAUGGCGACAAUUCCAGAUAAUGUUCAGGAGUAUAAUCUCCAUGUGGACUAUGUCAUCCGUUACAGCUUCGGAGAUGUAGACCGAUCGCAGGCAAUUGAGCAGCUAGAAAAAUUGCUCCAAGCACUAGCCCAAGUUGGUCUACAGGUUGAGGUUCGCCAAGGCGAUGAGUCGUCUUUGCUCGUCUUUGUGAAAGCUUCGGAAAAGCGGCUGAAACGGGCGGUCUAUCGGUCGCGAGUACGCGACUGGCUAUAUGGCAUUCGUAAUGCUGAGCCCACACCUUCCAACUCGACCGAACCCCAGACCGAGGCUGAGCGCUUGCGGGUGAUCAACCAGAUGAUUACACUUCCCGAGGAAGAGGGCGGUGCCGCUAUCACCCCCAACCAUGGCGAAUGGAAGAACGUCACUGCUAUAUUCCCCCUUCAUGAUGUUGAUACAAAUAAAAAGUGGAUAAGAGACUGGAGCUCAAAGACUUUCCUCUCUGAUGACGACUUGGAUCAGAUCCGGAAUAAGUUUGGAGAAAGUGUUGGAUUUUACUUCGCGUUCCUGCAGUCGUACUUCCGAUUUUUGAUCUUCCCGGCUGUUUUUGGAUUCUCCUGUUGGUUCCUGCUUGGCGGAUAUUCGAUUAUUUAUACUAUCGUCAAUUGUCUUUGGUGUAUCAUCUUUGUGGAAUACUGGAAGCGCCAAGAGGUUGAUUUGAGCUGCAGGUGGCAGACCAAGAACGUCUCAGCUGUUCGGACCAAGCGACGAGAGUUCAAGGCAGAAAAGGAGGUCUGCGAUGAGGGUACUGGUGAGAUGCGCGGUGUCUUUCCGGCAACUAAGCGCAUGCAACGGCAGCUACUUCAAAUCCCAUUUGCCUUGGUUGCGGCAAUUGCUUUGGGUGCUAUCAUUGCGACCUGCUUUGCUAUUGAGAUCUUCAUCUCGGAGCUCUACAAUGGUCCUUUGAAAACAUAUUUGAUUUUCAUCCCGACCAUCCUUGUAUCAGCGCUUGUGCCAACCAUGAGCGCUAUUUUGACGUCUAUUGCAACGAAGCUUAAUGACUACGAGAACCAUGAGACAAAUGAUGCGUACGAUGCUGCAUUGACCCAGAAGGUCUUUGUUAUCAACUUCAUCACGUCUUAUAUGCCAAUUUUCCUGACGGCCUUCGUCUACGUGCCAUUUGCUAGCCUAAUUGUCCCCUACCUCGAUGUCUUCCGCUUGACAGUUCGGCCUUUUGUGUCGAAGGAACAUGCCGUCUCAAAGCAAUCGCAUUUCCAGAUUGACCCAGCUCGCCUGCGAAACCAGGUUAUUUACUUCACUGUCACUGCCCAGAUCGUUGGCUUUGCCAUGGAGACUAUUGUGCCCUAUAUCAAACAGCAUGCACUGCGCAAAUAUAAAAAAUACAACAAGGAGCGCAAUGGUAAGAUGGACCGAAAUGGCGACAAAGAAUCGCCCGAAAGACCCGUCGUGUCCUUCGAUGAUCCGGCCGAGGAAGUGCAGUUCCUCACGCGUGUGCGUAACGAGCUUGAGCUUUCCGAGUACGAUGUGACCGAUGAUCUACGUGAGAUGUGUAUUCAAUUUGGAUACUUGGCCCUUUUCUCACCCACAUGGCCGCUUGUUCCCCUCUCGUUCUUUGUGAACAACUGGGUUGAGUUGCGAUCGGACUUCUUUAAGAUCUGUAUGGAGUUCCGCAGACCUGUGCCGUUGCGGACUGACACGAUUGGACCCUGGCUCGAUAGCCUCGGAUUCCUCUCCUGGGUCGGAAGUAUCACCAGCGCUUCGUUGGUCUACAUGUUCAGUGGUAACGCACAGCACGGGCCGAACGGCGAGCCGACAGAUAUUAAAGGCUGGGCUCUGCUUUUGACAAUCUUCUUCUCGGAACACCUGUAUCUGAUUGUGCGGUACGCUGUGCGGGUUGGUAUGGCCAGGAUUGAGCCUCCCAACUCCCGUAAGGAGCGCGCUGAGCGUUACCUUAUGCGCAAGCGCUAUCUUGAGUCGACAACCAAUGCGGAGGUGGAUGAUGACAAGGACGAGGACGAUAUUACGUCCAUGACCCAACCAAUUGAUAUCUCACGCACGUCUCUCGAAGAUGAUGCUCGGCGUGCGUCCUUGCAUGGCGCCGAUCCGGCAACCCGUUUCUGGAUGCAUCAGCGGGGCUGGGCGGAGUCAGCAAAGAUUGGAGCUGGGAUUAUUCAGGCACAGCCUACCAACGGUAGCGUGAAGAAGCAGCAGUAG